CUGAAACAAUCGUUGCCUCCAUAUCUCACAGCCCUAAAACCCUAAAUAUACCUCCCCCCUUGUACUUCUUCUUCUUCUAACUUCCCUUUCCCUGUAUUCUCCCGCAUCUUUCUCUUCGAAUUUUAUUCACAGCGGCAGACAAAAACACAAUGAGAGAAGACAAAAAGAGCUCUGUGGGAGCGAGAUUACAGAAGAAGAAAGAUAAGCUGAAGAAGACUAAGAUUAAUCAGAAAGACAAAGAAGACAACAAAAACACAAUAACAGAGAAGCUGCCAUACGAGAAGACAGUUCAAUACAAAGAAGGAAAACGACCUCAAAAGAAGAAACAAGAGUUACCCGUUGAUUCCGAGUCUGAGUCCGGCUCUGAGUCCGAUCAUCAGAAAUUUUCUGAGGAUGAUGUAUCGGAAGAUUAUGAAUUGGUGAGACAAUCAGAGGUUGGAGAAAGUGAAUUCUCGGGAGAAGAGGUACAUGGUAACGUUAAUGAUGAUGGGGAUGAUUAUGAUCAUGGUCAAGAAGAUCACAGCUACAGUGAUGAGACUCACCAAGGGGUGGAAGAAAGCGAUUCAUCUGAAGAUGAGGUGGCUCCUCGAAAUACAGUUGGAGAUGUCCCCUUAGAGUGGUACAAGGAUGAAAAACACAUUGGAUAUGAUAUUUCUGGGAAGAAGAUAACGAAAAAGAAAAGACAAGAUAAACUGGAUUCAUUUCUUGCAAGUGUUGAUGAUUCAAAAAAUUGGCGCAAGAUUUAUGAUGAGUAUAAUGAUGAGGAGAUAGAGCUGACAAAAGAGGAGACAAAGCUUAUUCGUAGAUUACUCAAAGGAAAGGCACCGCAUACUGAGUUUGAUCCUUAUGCGGAUCAUGUUGACUGGUUUAAGCAUGAUGAUGCUUUACAUCCAUUGUCAAAUGCUCCUGAACCAAAGAGGCGGUUCAUUCCGUCAAAAUGGGAAAGCAAGAAGGUGGUUCAGUAUGUGAGGGCAAUUCGCAAAGGAUUAAUAAAGUUAGAUGAGCCAAAAGAAGAAGAGCAACGUUCCUAUCUCUUGUGGGGAGAUGAUUCAAGUGCAACAGAACAGGCUAACCGAUUAUCCUAUAUCCCUGCUCCAAAGCCAAAAUUACCAGGUCAUGAGGAAUCAUACAACCCUUCUCUUGAGUACAUUCCAACGCAAGAAGAGAUUAACUCCUAUCAGUUGAUGUAUGAUGAAGACCGCCCUAAAUUUAUUCCAAAACGAUUCACAUCAUUUAGAAGCAUCGCUGCAUAUGAGAAUGCUGUUAAGGACUCCUUUGAACGUUGUAUGGACCUAUACUUGUGCCCAAGAGUUCGGAGGAAGCGGGUUAAUAUUGAUCCUGAAAGUUUAAAGCCCAAGCUGCCAAGUCGAAAGGAUCUGAAGCCUUAUCCUGCAACUUGCUAUCUUGAGUAUAAAGGUCACAAAGGUGCAGUUAUGUCAAUAUCUACUGAUGCUUCAGGGCAAUGGAUUGCUUCAGGUUCUACUGAUGGAACUGUGCGUAUUUGGGAAGUUGAGUCUGGUAGAUGUCUCAGAGUCUGGGAGAUCAGUGAAGCUGUGCAGUAUGUGGCAUGGAAUCCUGUACCUGAGCUUCCUUUAUUGGCAGUUUCUGUGGGACAAGAUGUGCUGAUUUUGAACACUGGAUUUGGGAAUGAAGAAGACCAAAGAAAAAUCAGGGAGCUUCUGCAUGUUCAGACUCCGACAGCUCCAGAUGACUCUGACAACAUGGCUUCCAUUGUGAGUUGGCAUCGAGAUGACAAACAUGAUGGGAUUAGGUUGAAGCACUUUAAGACUGUGACUUCAGUUGAGUGGCACCGUAGAGGAGACUACCUUUCAACAGUGAUGCCAUCUGGUGAAUCUAGAGCAAUUCUCAUGCACCAGCUCUCUAAGAGGCUUUCCCAUCGAAUCCCUUUUAAGUUGCAUGGACUUCCUGUAUCAUCAGUAUUUCAUCCUACACGUUCUGUAUUCUUCAUUUCAACUAAGAAGAAUAUUCGUGUUUAUGAUCUGGUGAAACAAAAGCUCAUCAAAAAGCUUGAGACUGGGCUGCGUGAAGUCUCCUCAGUUGCAAUUCAUCCUGCUGGUGAUAAUUUAAUUGUUGGUAGCAGAGAGGGAAAAUUGUGUUGGUUUGACAUGGAUCUAUCCUCUAAACCUUACAGAGUUCUCAAGUGUCAUCCGAAAGAUAUUACAAAUGUGGCUUUUCACCGAUCCUACCCACUAUUUGCAUCAUGCUCUGAUGACUGUACAGCAUAUGUUUUUCAUGGAAUGGUUUAUUCAGAUCUUAACCAGAAUCCUCUUAUAGUUCCCUUGGAAAUUCUCCGAGGGCAUAAAUCCUCAAAUGGAAGAGGUGUUUUGGAUUGUAAGUUCCAUCCAAGGCAGCCCUGGUUAUUUACAGCAGGUGCUGAUUCAGUCAUUAGACUAUACUGCCAUUAAGAUGAUAAGAAGGAAGCCAAUGAUUCUUUUCACACUUUAAAUGACUGCAUACUCAGUAAUGGAACGAAAAGGUGAUCAAGGCCUUAGAGCUUAAAUGAAAAUUUCAACUUGUAGAAGAAAGAUUGUUUCACCAUUCCAGAUGGAGGAAUAAAGGACCUGAAUUUUGUACUGUGCAGUGGAAGGGUCGUUUAAACAUUAAAGAUACAUGGUGUAACUGAGUUAUUGUACCAGUUUAGUUAAUGAUCACUAAACUGGGCUCUAUUAUAAUUUUGAAAUGAAUUUUGAACAGCAUGCUUGCAU